CAUCGGUUCAUCCAUCCACCCCCGCCUGCUUUGACUGUGUGGCGCCACCUCGGCUAAAUCGUCUCACCUGACCAGUGGGCUGACUUCGAUGGUGGACAUGGGAGGCCCUCUGAAGCCAGGAACGCUGUAGGGGUUGGUCUUCCGCUCCCAUUGCUUCAUGAACACAAUAGACAGACACGCCCAUAUAACGACCAUCCACCCUGCCUUCGCUCUUCCGUCUCUGUCUCCCCGGCUGACCUUCUCCAGUUCCCGCUGUUGGUCGCCUCGUCUCUUCGUCCACCACCGCAAGCCAAGCAUACCCACUGACACCAUCCAUCAACCACACCACACACGCGACAUCCCAUCGAUCAGCUGCCUCAUCUCAUGUGUCUGUCCCCUUGUGCAGGGCGCCGCCGUGGCUCACCUAGCACGAGCAGUGUGACAGAGCCCCCAACGAGGAAUAACCAGUCGAAGACGGUCAAAGCGCCGCCAGUGAGGAUGCCGGAGGCGAACGCCUGGCCCUGGCACUGGUUGCUGUCCGACCGCCGCACUAGCUGGUACCCCUCGGCACACUCCUCACAGGCAUUGUUCGGGCAUACCGCGCAAUUGUCUUCGGAGCACGCUGAAUGGAGAGACAGACAGAGGUACAGAGGCAGACCGUCUGUGGCAGUUGUUUACUUGUGCAUCGUUUUGUAUUUGCGUUAGCGUAGUAUCCCUCGUUGCAGACCGAGGCGCAUUGGAUUUUGAUGGGGUCGAAAUACAUGGCGGUGGCGGGACACGCUGCACAUGGGUGGACAGAUGGACAGAUGGACAGAGAGAUGACGUAUUAUAUAGGAUCGUAGGAAUGAGUGCCGCGUCUCUCUCUACAGACAGACAGACAGACAGACAGACAGACAUGGCCGGGUGGCCUUGAUCUUGUACGAGACCUGAUGACCAUAUCAUGAUCAGGCAAACAUUCACACACACAGGCAGAAGGGUGGGAUGUCUCUUUGCUCUGCAUCGUCUUUGCUUAUUUCCCCUCCCUCCCUCAGUGGCUCACCCCAUGGUUGCCGUCCGCUGAUUUGACGAUGACUUCAAAUUCCCUCGUGCCGCCCACGUCUAUCAGCUCAUCCAACGCACUCGCUGACCGACGGCAUACGUACAAACAGAAAGCAAAUGACAAAGACCCAAUUGCGCAAACGGACACGUUCGUUUGCUUACGGAGGUGCUGUGACUCCCCAAUUGGCACAUCCAGAAGAGCUCUCGAAUCCUCUGCAGACAAGAGAGAAGGGAUGAUGUUUGUCUGACACCGUGGGAUCUACCUUACCCACCGCGUCUCAGCUCCCUCCUGCGGCCGAUCGACUCCUGACCUGCAGAAAGGCAUGAAGGCAUUUGAGAGUUCCCAGCAAGCCAGCGGCAGCUUAAGGUCCGGCAUUCGCCUCCCUGACCUCCUCUCAGAGCGACCCGCUGGCCGUUGUCAAGGGGGACAUACACGACGCUCACUGUGUCGCUCGUCAGCGGCACCGAAACAGAGUAGGAAGGCACGUCAGCCUCGUACGGUGGGUCCAGAGAGGCGCCAUCCACACUCAAGGCAGCCAGAGCGGUCUCCUUGCCAUCUGCAGACAGACAGCAAAGACAGACAGACAACACGCAAACCCAAUGCCCUGCGAGCCCUUCGCUGUGUACGUACCUCUUCUCGUGACUGUGAUGGUUGCGGUGGCCGAUGUGCCGGUCUUGAUCACAGUGGGCCCCGCAGUAGCGCCGGCAUCGAGCUGCUGAGGCCCGCCCGGCAGGCCACUGAUCUUGCAACCUGCGGGCGCAUCGCUGACGGAAGGAAGCCAAUCAAGAGCAACACCAACACAACAAAGUUCGAAUUGAACCGUGUCGGUCCCGUGUAUCCUGUCCAUCCAUCCAUCCAUCCAUUCAUUGAAUAGCUCUUACGCUUCGAUGGUGUAGUGUGUCAUUGCAUAGUCCAUCAUUGCGGUGGCCUCCAGCGCCGAAGGGUCUUGGCGCGUGAUCUUGACGUCAAUGGGCAUGUCGCCGCUCCUCACGCGCAGCCCACUGAUGGUACACUCCGCUGCUACAGCCUCGUGCGCCAUCAAGAAGGCCGCAGAGAGGAAAAGUAGCGCCAUCCGCUGGUUUGUCAAUGCGCUACAGAGCGUCAUGAUGCCCGAGCGCCUCGGAGCGUGGUCGGCUCCUUUCCUUGGCGAG